AUGAAGAGCCUCCUACAGAAAUCUCCAGAUCCAGCAAGGCAACCACUGGUGAAAGCUCACAAAGUCCAUCAGGUUCUGGGGAAAUUAACGAAGGUCGUGACUAAAAAUAUUUCUAAACCCUUCAAGCGUUCUCGCAGCCGUGUUCCUGUUACACAGAACGUUAAUCAUGAAGGUGCUUCACCGAAUCAGAAUAUCGGGUACGCCAAGGAUCCGUCGCAUCUGCAUCCUUAUAACAACAAGCAUCCCACCAUGUCUGAGAAUUCUAGCGGCUGUGGACCAACGCCCGAAGGUACUUACGUCCAAUAA